GUACGAAUGAUGAUUUCAAAAAGAAAGGGUAUAAAAGGGUCUUCUCUGCUGUGCAAGUUUGCUAUAUCCAGUUUCAAAGAAAUCUAAGUAUCUAUUCUCAUUUUUUUUUGGUAAAGAACUUUUUUUCAGUUUGAAUACAAAAUUUCAUAUAAAGUGAAAGUCACCAUGGGAAAUACAACCAGAAGAUCAAGACUGUCUAUCAUGAAUGGUAUUCGUUAUCCUGAAAUGUUUUCCCCAAAAUGCUUCAAGGAAGCUCUGGAAUAUAAGCCAACACCAGAAGACGUGAUCAUUUCUACAUAUCCAAAAUGUGGCACCACUUGGAUGCAAAAUGUUGUUCUCUACAUCUUGCGUAAAGGAAAAGAGCUAGAACAUCCAACCGAUUUUAUGUAUAUGGCGCCUUUCAUAGAUAUGGUUGGGUUAGAAGGUAUUCAGAAAAUGCCACGUCCAGGGGCUAUCAAAACUCAUCUACCAUAUUCCCACAUGCCAUAUUCUUCAAAAGCGAAGUAUAUUUUUGUGGCUCGAAAUCCGAAAGACUGUUGCGUUUCUCAUUACUAUCAUGUGAGAGAUGAUCCAGGAUAUGGAUUCUGGGACGCAGAGUUUAGUGAAUUCUUCGAGUUGUUCAUGGCAGGGGAAGUAGAAAAUAAUGAUUAUUUCGAUCAUCUUUUAGAUUGGUACCCUCAUCGAAACGACCCAAACGUGUUUUAUACAACAUAUGAGACAAUGAAAAAAGACAUAAAAAAUGUCGUCUUAAAACUUGCAAAGUUUCUUGGGCCAGAAUACUUAGAUGCUAUUGAGAAAGAUAAUAUCGUCUAUAAUAAUAUAAUUCUUCAUAGUGGAAUCGACUACAUGAAAAACAUGUUUGCUAAAUUAUACAAAUCAGAACGAAACGGCGUAAAUUGUCACCAAAUGCUCUAUGGGCGACAAUAUAUGUAUAAUUUUAUAAAAUCUAUGAAUCCGCCACAUGGUAUUCCGAAACGUCAGUUCAUUAGAAAAGGAAUAAUUGGAGAUUGGGAAAACCAUUUUUCUUUUUAUCAAAAAGAAAGAAUCAAUAAGAAGUUCUUUGAAAAAAUGAAAGGAACAGAAGUUUUAAAUUGGUUUCCUAUAGAAUAAAUCUAUUUAAUCAAUUUUUUUUCUAAAUUAUAUUAAAUAAAACUUUAAACGAA